AUGGGGAAGAAGCGCGCGGCACCGCAGCAGCCAGAAGCGGAGGAUCCUGAGAUGCUUCAAGGUCCAGCGCAGAGCGGCUCUGAUGCCGAGGACGGCGGCAGCGACGAGGGCAAUGAAUAUGGCAUGGGCGGCACGGGCAGCGAGGACGACGGUGACAGCGGCGGCAGCGAACGGGACGGGGAGGGUGCUUCAGAUGAGGAGCGGCAGGAGGAGGACAAAGUGGCGCUAGCUGGGGCGGGUGCCGGCCCCGGUAUCCUUGGGCUGGCCAGCGGCAGCGACGACGAGGACGAUGGUGAUAUUGAUGAUGACCUGCCGUCUGACAGGGGCGAGGACGACGACGCUGACGAGGACGGCGCCCCCCGCGUGCCCGGCAGCAGCGACGCGGACGAUGAGGCCGGCGGCAGCGGCAGCGGCGGCGACUCCGAUGGCGGCGGCGGCGGGGGCGGUGGGCGCGCUGUGCAGCACGCGAGCUUUCUGUCGGGGGAGAAGGGGGCGUCCUUUGCAAAGGCGUUUUCGAAAAUCUUGGGGAAGCCGGCCAAGGGCGCAGCCAAAGCGGCCGAGGGCAAGGGCGGCCUAAUCCUGGCCGAGAGCGCGGGCGUGCAGAAGCGGCGCAAAGAGGAGGAGGACGACGCGGAGGCGCGGCACGAGGCGAAGAAGCAGCGGCUGGCGAUGAAGAAGAGGGGACACCUGGGAGAGGACCCCGCCCACGACGUGCGGGAGAAGGCGCUGCAGCGCCUCGCCACCCGCGGCGUGGUGCUGCUGUUUAACGCGGUCAACAAGGCGCAGAAGCAGAAAGCCGAGGCCGAGGCCGCCGGCGGCGUGUCCAAGCGCAAGGCGGCGGCGGCGAAGCUGGGCAAGGCCAGCUUUCUUGCAGAACUCAAGCAGGCGGCCACAGUCGGCGUGCCCGUGGAGGCCGCGGGCGCACAGCAGCAGCAGAAGCAGGGGAAGGGGAAGGGGCAGCAGCAGCAACAGCAGCAGCAGCGCGACCCUGGCGGCGGCGCUGGCUGGGAGGUGCUGGGGGAGGGGUUCCCUGGGCUGACGGGCGGCGCCAAGAUGAAGGACUGGGACCGGCGCGGCAGCGGCAGCGAGGACGAGAUCGCGGAGCAGCCGCGGCUGGCAGAGGCGGAGGUCAGCAGCGACGAGGGCGACGGCUGGUGA